GCUUGAGAGAGGCGAAAGCCCGCUGCCUGCCUGCCUAUCCGCCGCCACCUUCCUGCCUUGCUCUGCCGUCUGCAGCUCCUUUCCUUUACUCUUCUUCCUGUCUGUCUGUCCUCGUAUCUGACAGAUUCGCACGCACCCUGCACUGGCUUGCGAGAUGAUGGGCUUUGCUUCCUCCUCUUCGACGGCGAGAGCUGUUGCUUCUCUCAGCAAUGCAGGCAAAGGCCGCGUGUUGGUCACCAGAUCUUCUCGCCCCAGUCCCUCGCUAGUACCUUUGCGGUCUCUGAACAGGGACCACACUCGAUCUUUUGCUUCUUCUCGGGAAUCAGCUUCGGUAGCAUCAUCCUCCGGCCAGUCUAGUGGGAGCAGAGCAGCCCUCGGUCUCUCGUUGGCCCUCCUCGCCGGUGCGAUAGGAGGGUACCUUGUUGCAUCGGAUCUUCAGCUAGAGGCAGGAGCUCGGAGUACAUCUCCAGAGCCUUCAACCCCUCCAGCCUCCUCAAAUUUUUCCCAAGCUCUCUCACAGCUCAAGCAGCACUUUGCAGACGAACAAGACUGCGUCUCCACCGAGCCAACUGAUCUGGAGGCCAAGGGCUUCUCCCUCUGGUGUCAGCACGAUGCAUCUCUCCCCCAAGUUGUCGUCUACCCUACGUGUACAGACGAUGUAGUAGCAAUUGUGAACAUUGCCAGGGAGAAUGGUGUUGCCCUUGUUCCUUUUGCUGGAGGUACAUGCCUCGAGGCUCACUGGUAUGCUCCUAGAGAUCCCAAGACGGGGGAGACGAUACCGACCAUCUCGAUGGCCUUUGAGAGGAUGGACGCCCUCCUCGAGCACGAUGAAGACAGUGGAUAUGUACGUGUACAGCCGGGACUGGGAUGGCAAGAUCUCAAUGAGGAUUUGAAGUCUAGGGGUUCCAAGCUCUUCUGGCCUGUAGAUCCCGGGCCGGGGUCGGCAUUCGGCGGUAUGCUCGCAACGGGAGGCAGUGGGACAGGAGCAGUACGUUAUGGCACUAUGAAGGGAGAUCUCAUUCUCAAUGUGACAGUCGUUCUGCCGUCGGGAGAGGUCAUCAAGACGAGGUCUGACGCCCGCAAGUCGUCCGUAGGGCCCGACCUGACAAAGCUCUUCCUCGGCUCAGAGGGCACACUGGGCGUCAUCACGGAGGUGACGCUGCGCUUGGUGCCUCGCCUCAAGGAGAGCGUCGUCACAGUGGCAUUCGACUCAGUGGAUCAGGCUUGUCGUGCCUCUCAAGCCAUUCUCAAUCACGGUGUGGGGGUCUCAUCCAUUGAGCUGCUCGACGAUGUGAUGCUCAAGGCGAUCAACUUUGCCUCCAAGCCCGAUCCACCGCACGCCGAACGUCCCUCGCUCUUCAUCAAAUUCAGUGGGUCAGAUGUGCACACCAGUGAAGACCAGCGUCUGACACGAAAGCUGGUAGCAGAGCACGGCGCCGAUCUAUCCACCUUGCGCACCUCACGAGACGAAGCAGAAGUGGAAGCUCUUUGGGAAUCGCGCAAGGUGGCCCUCUGGUCUGCCAUGCAAUAUCGAGGCGAAGGAGCCCGCUGUUGGACGACAGACUGCUGUGUUCCCAUUGCUCGACUGCCAGACUAUAUGAAGCAGGUCAAGGAGGAUUUGGCGAAGAGCAAUCUUGUCGCGCCGAUCGUCAGUCAUGUUGGAGACGGCAACUUUCAUGCGCUCAUCGUGUACAAGGACGGAGACAAGGAGGAGUUUGCCAGGGCAAAGGACGUGGUUCACAGAAUGGUGCAUCUAGCGCAAGACCUUGGAGGUACGGCCACGGGCGAGCACGGCGUGGGACGGGGCAAGCGAGAGUAUUUGGAGCGAGAGCUUGGCCCUGGUACGGUGCAGUUGCUGAGGAGCAUCAAGAACAUGCUGGAUCCCACUGGGUUCAUGAAUCCGGGCACUCUUUUGUUGCCCGAGGGAGGAGAUGUGGCUACUCAUGCUCACUGAUGGGACAGGUGUAUUCACACAAUACCAUUAUCUCUCGUCGUGUCAGUGGUCAGUCUGUCGCCUAUCAUAGCGGAGCAC